UUGGCAGUGACCGCGCAUGCGCAGUCAGGGUCCAGCGCACGGUGUUAAUGAACGGCGCUUAAAGCGGAAAAAAAGAGCAAGAAAACCUGCGAAGAUUUAAAAAGAGAGAAACACAGCGGGGUCAGAGCCAGACAGGAGAGAGGGAUCAGGGAGGAGAGAGAGAAUGAAGAACAGCACGAAGAGGAAAGAAGAAGCAGCGCAGAGCAACGGAGUCAAACAGAGCACAUGGAGUAAAGCACUCCGGAGCGGAGCCGUGUGGGAGGAUAAGGAUGAGUUUUUAGAUGUCGUCUACUGGUUCCGGCAGAUCAUCGCUGUUGUAUUAGGAAUAAUUUGGGGAGUUGCUCCACUGAAGGGGUUCCUGGGCAUAGCCAUUUUCUGCAUCAUCAAUGCGGGUGUCCUUUAUGUCUACUUCAGCAGCUUUCAGCAGGUGGACGAGGAGGAAUAUGGGGGAACGUGGGAGCUGACCAAAGAAGGGUUUAUGACUUCUUUUGCUUUAUUUCUGGUGGUGUGGAUAAUCUUCUACACAGCAUUACACUACGACUGAGAACUGCAGCAGAAUCCACUAUAGAAACACGACCAUCCCGAUGUUAAUGGUAGGCUGGAAUGGGCUGCGUCUCUGAGGCGUUCCGAGUGCGUCACCAGCAGCAUGUCGGGGCCUGGAGACAGGUGCAUCAUGGGUACACUGAAUGAUCCAUGGGUCAUUGAGUUUUUAAGCUAAUACUGUCCAGUGCACUGCCAUGUGUUAUGAUUCAAAUCUAUUUUUUUUUCUUUUCUUCGAAUGAAUGACUUUAUAUCUGCAGAGUUAGGAAUUAAUUUAAACAUUGUUUUCUUCUUCACUGUAGCUUCUAGAUCAAACAGUCUUACCUGAUGUUCCACAUAGAUAAUUUAAAAGGAGUGUGUACAUUCUGUAUAGUUCCAAUUUUAUCAAGUCUGCAAUGUAUUAAUCAGUUAAUUGUAUUUCUCGGUUAUGUCUCAUCUGAUGUGACCCAUCAGUACUUCUCAGUAUUUUAUAGCGUGUUAAUAGAAGUGCAAAUGUACAUGUCAGCUUAUAGUACUGUAACUGGUACACAUGGAGAGACUGUAUUUUCUGCCUGAAUUUUUCUGAGGAGUCGCAUUAAACAUGGGCUUUGUUCGCCCCAGGUUUUCCAACA